UUUCAAACUUUAAUAAUGGCACUCCAAUCUUCUCUUCUUCAUCAUGCUAGUCAUGUUUCCUUCUCUCUCUCUCUCUAUCUCUCUCUCACACACACACACACACACCCACCACACAUAUAGGUGUCUUUAUGCAAUUUUCUUCCUCUAAGAUUGCUCUUGUAUUUUAUGCUUUGAAAAGCAAAUAAAACACAUAUACAAAGUGUUUUUAUGCAAUUUUGUUCUUCAAUAUUGUUCCUGUUUUUGAUGCUUUGAAAAAGUAAAGUAGGUAAGGACGAAGAAAUGGCAGCCAAUUUCGGAUCACUGAAGCACAGCUUCGCAGAGAGAAGCAAGGAAAGGUUGCUCUCUAGAAAAGACUACUUGGAGCUAGGGUUUGGCCGAUCUGAGGACCGUAGCGACGUUCGAUCACUUCGCGAUAAGUUGGACAAUUUGUGUGUUAAUGUUCGAAUCACUGCAACCAAGGCUUAUGAAAUGGGUCAUUCUGAUCCUCGGAAAAUUAUUUUUGCUGCUAAAAUGGGUUUGUCUCUCGCUUUCGUCUCCAUACUCAUCUUCUUCAAAGAACCACUCAGUUAUAUGAGUCAAUACUCAAUCUGGGCAAUCCUCACUGUCGUUGUGGUCUUUGAGUUUAGCAUAGGAGCAACACUUAACAAAGGAUUUAACCGUGCUUUGGGGACAUUAUCAGCUGGAGCGCUUGCUCUGGGCAUUGCUGAACUAUCUCAGCUGGCUGGAGAAUUCCAAGAAGUUUUCAUUGUGAUUAGCAUCUUUCUUGCAGGAUUUUGUGCUACCUAUUUGAAACAGUACCCGGCAGUGAAGCAAUACGAAUAUGGAUUCCGGGUGUUUUUGUUGACUUAUUGUAUUGUGCUGGUGUCGGGGACUUCAAAAUUUGUCCAAACAGCGAUAUCUCGAUUACUGUUAAUUGCUGUUGGGGCUGCCGUUUGUUUGGUUGUAAAUAUCUGUAUCUACCCAAUUUGGUCAGGCGAGGAUUUGCACAAAUUGGUAGUGAAAAAUUUUAAGGGUGUUGCUACUUCCUUGGAAGGCUGUGUAAAUGGAUACUUACAAUGUGUUGAAUAUGAGAGGAUUCCUUCAAAAAUUCUUACCUACCAAGCUUCUGAUGACCCAAUGUAUAGUGGGUACAGAACUGCUGUAGAGUCAACAAGUCAAGAGGACUCUCUGUUGGGUUUUGCUGUCUGGGAACCACCUCAUGGCCGGUAUAAAAUGUUCAAUUAUCCUUGGAGUUUAUAUGUCAAAUUGAGUGGUGCAUUAAGGCAUUGUGCAUUCAUGGUCAUGGCAAUGCACGGUUGUGUACUUUCAGAAAUACAGGCUCCACCGGAACUGAGACAGGUCUUUUGCCAUGAGAUUCAGAGGGUUGGCUCAGAAGGGGCCAAAGCGUUGCUAGAGCUUGCAAACAAAGUAGAAAAGAUGGAGAAAUUAAGUGCUGGAGACAUUCUCCUUCAAGUGCAUGAAGCUGCAGAAGAGUUACAAAUGAAGAUAGACGAAAAAUCGUACCUUCUUGUUAACUCGGCAACUUGGGAAGGUGCAAAGCGGCCCAAGGAAUUUGAAGAUCCCAAUAAUCUUGAAGUGAAGGAUAAUGAAAAUAAACAAACGGUGAUACACUCACUUAGUGAAUUUGCUCUCAACCUAAGAUCAACGUCCACGUUAAGACACUUUGAUCCACAGAAUCCUAGCAUGAGCAUCAACCCCUCCAUUCCACAAUGGGGUUCCUCAGAGGAUAUGUUCAACAAACAGGUAAUGUGGCCUUCACGUCUCUCACUUUUGGGGGAUACCGUUCUCAAUGAACGUGAGGUAAGGACAUAUGAGAGUGCGAGUGCACUAUCGUUUGCAACAUUUACUUCCCUUUUGAUUGAGUUUGUAGCAAGGCUUCAAAAUAUUGUGAAUUCUUUUGAAGAGCUUAGCGAGAAGGCGAAUUUUAAAGAACCGGUAGAACAACCUAUGUCAGAGGACGGUCUUUGGACCAGGUUGCUCAAGUGCAUUGGACUAAAGGAUUGAGUUUGGGUUAUUGUACUGGUUCAAGAUUGUCAGUUUGAUUCACCAUAGGAUUGGAUUACGUGGUGCAAUUGAAACCGUUGAGCUAAUGCGCCCCAGUAAGCAUUUCUUGGCUAGAGGCUAUCUUCUGUGCAAAUGCACAAGAGCAUUUGUAGUGAAACCUCAUCGGUAAGUGCUCAGUUUUCCGAUUUCCAUAUACACAACGAAUGUUGGUAGUUCCAACUUCCCAAAAGAAAAUGUAUAGGGA